AUGCUGGAAUUCAAUCAGAGCCACGGCGGCGGCGGCGGCGGCGGCUUUGACUCUCCGGGUCCAUCUUUGGUGGAAACGGUCCAGGUUGUAAUCAGAUCUGCCAAAUGGAAUUAUAACCCGGAAAAUUCCUCCGCUCCAUCACAGCUUCAUCCAGGAGGGGGGUGGGGACUUCAAUAUUUGAUCACCUUUAACGUGACCUUCCUGCUCCCAUCACAGGUCACAGAGCCGCCCCGGUUUUAUGGACCUCUCUGCUGGUGUGGAUCUGCUCUCCGCUCAGAAUCUUCUCCUCGGGUCUCUCAGUAAAUUCAGCCUGACGGGUUCGAUGUCAGAGGGAACGUUUACAGAACCAAACCUUCGUGAUGGACCGGCAGAGUCCAGCAGGGUGGAGGUUUGAGGUCCGCUUACAGGUCUGAUUGAUUCUGUGUUGUUUUGGAUCAUACUGAGAACUGAACCAGCUCUUCUUCAGACCCGGUCUGGAUCAUGGACUGUGUCAGCUGUUUGUUGGAUCCUCUCAGCUGGAACAGAACCUCAGCGUUAACAUGAUUGAUCCGACUCCCCACAGAACCAUCAGAUCGGGUUUCUGAUCCAGAGGAACCUCUCGGUGAUGUUUUCUGCAGAUCCUCAAACCUUCACAGUCAGAAUCUGGACUCGGGUCCAGAGUCAGGAAACGUCCCCCUAAAUACGAUUUACUGACCCAAACAGGAGACACCCCUGACCCCCUUUUAAGGUCCUCAGAUCUGAGAAACCGGACCCCCCUUUAGGUGGGCUGGAGUCCUGGAGUCCACGUGGUUCAGUCCGGCUCUGUGGUCCCGUCUGUUUUUCUUUCCACCCUCUGAUAGAGACUGUUUUUCUGAGCCCGUCUCUUUCAUGUCCUGCUGCUCCAAUCAGAACUCCUUCCUGUGGUUCUGGUUAUCAGUCCGGGUCCGAAUGUUUCCCUCAGAUCAGACAGAGCCGGGUCAUCUGGAAGGCCUCAGGUCGGCCUUAUCUCCGCUCCACAAACGGUCCCAUUAAAGGACCGAGACAAAGACUUCGUCUGAGGGUCUGGACCUGGUCUCAGGACUAUCCGGGGGUCUGGUGCUCGGAUCAGGACCUCGGCGUUACCAAUAAGUUUAAGAGGCUGUUCCUGACCUGCUCAGCAGAUCUACGUCAGGUGGAGCAGAUGGUGUUAGAAACAAACAUCUAGUUUGGUGUCUGCGGUCCUUAAAGACCUGGUCCUGGUCCUUAAAGACCUGGUCCUGGUCCUUAAAGACCUGGUCCUGGUCCAUCAAACAUGGUUUUUAGGAGUGACUCUCUCACCAAAUCCUCGCACACUCGGAGAAACCCGGACGUCCCAGUCUGCAGUCUGAUCUGGGACCAGGCCCGGACUGGCGAUAAGGAGAGGCGGGACUUGAAAAGUUGUUCUGCUGUUUCCAGGCAGACCGGUCAGGGACCGCGGCGCUGCCCUCAGAGUACACGCCCCCCUCCGUCCGAUCAGAGGGGUUGGGCUUCGUCAAAAUGUCGUGAUUGGUCAGUUGCUUUAUGGCCUGCCCCUUUUCAGCGUAAACAAGAAAUCAAAGACAGAGCGCCGAGCCGGGAUGAUACGAGAGCGAGGCGAGAGAGCGAGGGGCGAGAGAGGGGGGCGAGCGAGCGAGGCGAGAGAGGGGGGCGAGAGAGAGUCUGGCCUAAAACCUCCACGGGUGUCAGGUGGGCUGCAGGACGCCCUAAAACGUUUGAGACCCCUCCUCAGGUAAGAUCAGCUGUUGACCCACAGUUUCAGUUUGACGGUGAGUGUCAGUGUCAGCGCGUCCGUAGCUCCGAUCAUCAGACAAAAUAAAACAUUUAUUUAAUUAUGAAGGAGGAAACAUCGGUGAGGGCCGAGAGGAGGGUCCAGAGUCCUGGACUGAGUGGCGCCGUGGUCACGGUCGUGUUUCUUCACUGUCAGGUUCACAGAGUCGUUGUAGUCUCUGAAACAUCGCCCCACAGAACUCCACCCUCACGGUGGAGGAGGUGGCCUGGCUGACUGGGACUCUCCCGGUCCCAGUCCGGUCCUGAUCAGGUGGUCCCGGAUUAUCGAGGAGGUGUCCACAGAGCGAGUGUGUCGGUCCGUGAAAGAGUCUGAGUGUCUCGGUCCGUCUUCAGUCCUCCGCUGA